AUGGCGAAGAUGAUCAACAAGACGCUCUUACUAACAUACAGUUACUUACUCAUCUACAUUCUUCUCUCUUCUGGUGUUAUUCUCUACAACAAGUGGGUUCUAUCUCCCAAAUACUUCAACUUUCCACUUCCCAUAACAUUGACUAUGAUCCACAUGGGCUUUUCUGGAUUUGUCGCCUUCCUUCUUAUUCGAGUUUUCAAGGUUGUCUCUCCUGUUAAAAUGACAUUCGAAAUAUACGUGACCUGUGUGGUACCUAUAAGCGCAUUCUUUGCAUCUAGUCUCUGGUUUGGCAAUACUGCAUAUUUGCACAUUUCAGUUGCCUUCAUUCAGAUGCUCAAAGCACUAAUGCCCGUAGCAACAUUUAUCAUGGCCGUUGUUUGUGGCACCGACAAAGCAAGGUGUGACGUGUUCAUGAACAUGCUGCUCGUCAGUGUUGGAGUUGUGGUAUCCUCCUAUGGGGAAAUUAAUUUCAAUAUAAUAGGCACGGUCUACCAGGUCACGGGCAUCUUUGCUGAAGCACUUAGACUUGUGCUAACUCAAGUUCUUCUUCAGAAAAAGGGCUUGACAUUAAACCCAGUCACCAGCUUAUACUAUAUAGCCCCGUGCAGCUUUGUUUUCCUGUCCUUGCCUUGGUACGUACUGGAGAAACCGAACAUAGAAGUCUCGCAGAUUCAGUUCAACUUCUGGAUCUUUUUCUCAAACGCUCUCUGCGCACUUGCCUUAAACUUCUCCAUAUUCUUAGUAAUCGGAAGAACAGGAGCAGUAACCAUCAGGGUCGCUGGUGUUCUCAAAGACUGGAUUCUCAUAGCCCUCUCCACUGUCAUAUUCCCUGAGUCCACAAUCACUGGUCUGAACAUUAUUGGAUACGCAAUAGCACUCUGUGGGGUUGUAAUGUACAAUUACAUAAAAAUUAAAGAUGUGAAAGCGACUCAACCAAUCACUGAUAGCCUCCUCCCAGAUCGAAUCACCAAGGAUUGGAAGGCGAAGAGCUCGUCGGAUGGAGAGAGCCCCAGAGGUAUAGAGCUUGUUGAUGAGGAAGCUCCUUUGAUAACGUCGCGGUUGUCACAUAUCGGGCGGACUCAGCUCGGAACCCAUACUGCGGCCUGAGCAACGUACAGAUGAGAAGAGAUCCGUAUGUUGUGUCUUUCCUUUAUCUCUUUUGGAACCCCCAAACUUUUUUUCUUAAUAGAAUUUACGUCGGGAUUAUUACUUAACAAUGUUUAGUUAUAAAAAAAAACACAACUGGAAAAAUUAUUUUGUAGGGUCUCUGUGUGAGUUAUAAAUGUUUUUCACCAGACACAUCAGCUCGGGACCCCGCUUGGUCUUUAAUUUUAUGAUGUAGACAGUUCUGACAUCUGAGAUUUAUUUUGUUUUUUUUUCUUCGU